AUGCAGGGUGCUGCGCAGUCUCUGAGAGCCAGGAAAGCUGCCGAAAAGAAGGCGGCUAAGGAAAGAGCUGUUUUGGAGGCAAACUUCAGACCUCCUACUCCUCCCAAGGCCAGCCCUGAGUUCGUCGUUGGUGCCGAGGCGACUGAUGAAGCUCGGGAUAUGGCUUCGACCGUGCCCGAGGUGGCUGGUCAUAUCUCCCCUACGACCGAUGUCCCCGAGGUGGUAGGGGCUCUGGUUAUUAUUGCUCCAGCCGCCGAGGCGAAAUCCAAAACUAGGGGAAAAAGACCCCGAGGUUAUGGCUCGAGAGUUUCUAGGAAGGAGAAGAGGAGUCGUAGUGAAACUCCAGUGUACAAGGACAAGAUCGCUUCGGCGAAUUUUGUUGCUUCUUGCUCGGGUCCACCACUGUCUGCUCCCGAGGCCUUGCUGGAGGCUCAAAACUACCGAGUCUGCCUCGAUCCAUUUGGAGAGGUGGCUCGUGAGAAAUCGGAGAUGUUCCGAGCUGAGGUCGAGGCUAGGUUUUCCGAGGCGAUCACAGCUAAACAAGAAGCUGAGGCGUUGGCCAAGGCCGAGAAGGUGGAGCGGUUGAAAGCUUCUGAGGAUAGCCUGCAGACUCAGAGAAAGCUCGAGGCCGAGAUUGCACGCCUCCAUCGGUUAUUUACCGAAGAGAAGGCUCUCCGGGAGAAGGAGAUUGUCAGAGAAUGGAGGGAAGCCAUAAGGGAGUUUGCCGAGAAGGUCAAGGCUAUCGAGGCGAAGAUGGACCAGUACGGGAAGGUAUCCACGCGCUAUAUGUACUUGGUGCAAGCGCGGGCCAAUGCCGAGCUGGAGGAAGGGAAAAAGGUAGAGGAUGAGAAGGCCGAGGUCCUUCAAUGGACGGCUGAGUAUGGGGAUGCCGAGGAUGAGUACGUCCGUCUCGGGACCGAGCUGCGAGAGGACUUGAAGCUUCCUCCGGUUUCCCCGGACUCUGUCGAUGAUAGCUUUGGGAACGGAUCGAUCGAGGGUGCCGCGGCGGCGAUAGGUGUUGCCGACCAGUCGGGUUCGAACCGAGGUAGCUCAAGUUUCGCCGGUUAA